AUGAAGUCAUUGGUUUUGGUGGUGGCGACACGUAAAGCUCCGGUGUCUGCCAGUGUCAUGAAGGAAGCGGCGAGGAAGAAGGUCAUGACCUCAACAUCCGUGUUGACUGUCCGUCCUGAAGCCCGCGUCCUGGAGCAGGAGGCAAGAGGCAACACCAGACCCUGUGUUGACCUGUGCUGCGUCUGUGCCGCUCUUCCCCCGGUGUGGUGGCGACCUUCCUGCGGCGACCCUUCUUGCCCUGUGCCUGUCCAGCCUCAAGAGGGGUGGAAGCUGUCAGCUCAGGUGGAACAGAGGGGUGUGUUCAGUCAGCAGGAGCUUGGUCUGUAUGGUAGGAAGUGGAAGGUGGAUGUGGGUCACGGUGUGUACAGGGAGUUUAGGGCCUUUGAUGAUGGGACUGAGUUGCGAGAGGAGCUGCAGCAGCGUCUGUUGAGGGAUGGGAUGUGUGUGUUGAACCUCCACAGAGCAGUCAGCUUGAUCAUCCAGCAUGGGGAGUUCUUGGUCGUGGUUGAUUGUGGGGAGCGUAAUGCUUCAGGAGAUAGUGUAAAGGCUGCUAGCAUCAGGAAAUAUCGCUUAAAUACAUUUCAUAGAGAUAGUGUAAAGGCUGCUAGCAUCAGGAAAUAUCGCUUAAAUAAAUUUCAUAGAGAUAGUGUAAAGGCUGCUAGCAUCAGGAAAUAUCGCUUAAAUACAUUUCAUAGAGAUAGUGUAAAGGCUGCUAGCAUCAGGAAAUAUCGCUUAAAUACAUUUCAUAGAGAUAGUGUAAAGGCUGCUAGCAUCAGGAAAUAUCGCUUAAAUAAAUUUCAUAGAGAUAGUGUAAAGGCUGCUAGCAUCAGGAAAUAUCGCUUAAAUAAAUUUCAUAGAGAUAGUGUAAAGGCUUCAAGCAUCAGGAAACGCAUUGUUAAGAAAGAACAGACAGGACAGUUUGAGUUUGUUGUGCAUCAGUUUUUAGAGAAAGUGAAGGACGGCCCAGAGUUUGUCUGUUGUGUGUGCCAUCGAUUGUUGUUUAGGCACCAGGUUCUGAAUUGUAAGUGGGAAGACUAUAGGAAGACCGAGACAGUAGCCUCAAUAGCAUCAAAGUGCAUAACAGAGGACUACUUGCAUCAGUGUACUAAGGACUGCGAUGUGCCUUGUCAGUGGUUAGAUACAGCUCGGGGGAAGCUGUGGAUUUGUUACAGUUGCCAUUACAAGAUCAACAGGGGUGAGAUGCCACCUGAGUGUUGGCUGAACAAUCUCACAGUUGACCCUGUUGCACCAGAAUUGGCAUGCUUGAAUAGUUUAGAGCAACACUUAAUUGCGUUGCACAUUCCAUUUAUGAAGAUGGUAGCUCUGCCCAAAGGGGGGCAAAAUGGAGUUCAUGGUCCAGUGACCUGUGUCCCUGCUAACAUUGUACAGACUAGUAACUUGUUGCCUCGUUCCAAUAUGGAGGGGUCUUUGUUGGCAGUGAAACUGAAGCGCAAGUUGACCUAUAAAGGUCAUUAUGAGUAUCAGUUUGUUGAUCCUCUGCGCAUUAAGCAGGCCUUACAAUAUCUAAAAGCGACCAAUAGCCUUUAUAAGGAUAUUGUGUUUAAUGAGGCCUGGUUAAAUGAGUUUUGUAGGGAAGAGGAAGUCAAAGUUCCUGGAGCAUCAGAAACUGUAGACGGUGCUGAUGCUGCAGCUGAGGAUGAGCUUCUGCAUGACAGACAGCAAGCAGCAUGGCAUGUUCCAGGACACAUGUCUCAUGCCUGUUGAUAUUGCUCAGGAGGUCCUUGACCAGUGAUUUGAUGGUGUUUUGAAUGUAGCUCCAGCAGAAGGCAAUAAUCCUGUGAAGCUGCUUAGUGACACCACGAAUGAAGCAAAGUGUUUCCCCGUGUUGUUUCCUCGGGCCAGAAACACUUAUCACGAGCGUCGG